GUUUCAGAGGCGCGUGAUGCUACGUUGCAGUCGGCGAUGGCUGUCGGCUGCUCCGCCCUCGCGCGGCCUCUGCCUCCUCCUCCCUCCCUCCUCCUCUCUCUCUCCUACAGGCUCAUCUCUUUCGCGCUCCUCCUCCUUCUACUCUACCUUGGCCCCGCUCCGGGUAACCGUCACCUCUCAUCCCCGCUUGAUGCACGGUGGAGCCCCGAGAUGGUCAGGGUUCCAUGCUCCCUCCUCCCUUGGCAUUCGUGAGAUGUGUUCCAUGCCCAAAGAGACCGAGAAGUCGAGCCUGGGGGUCUCUGGCAUCGACGUGGUGGCGGAUUCGAACCCCUUCAACCAUCAGGUGUCGGACGUCGGCCGAGUCUAUCCUUUCGACAAGAAGGGGAUCCUCAAGGUGAUACCGGAGGGGCUGGCAGGCUAUCUCCACAAGAUCCUGUACGGGAAGCGAAGGAGAAAUCCCCCUCCAGUCCCAGUCCGAGCCUGGUACGACAGGGUUCUCAAGGAGAAGCCCGGCAUCGUGAUCCGCAAGGAGUCGAUGCAGAUCAUCAGCGCCCUCAAGUCCCUGGCCAAGUCCGGCAUCCCCAAGGGCAACCCCCACAUCGUGACUCCUGGAUUCUUGUUGGACGGGGUCCCGGGCAUAGGAAAGAGUGCAAUCAUCAACCACUGUGUGCACUGGGCGAGGGCGAGCAAAGAGUGGAUUGUUGUGUUCAUCCCUGAGGGGUCGCGAUUGGUACGCGGCCUUGGGAAGUUCGAGAGGGGCGGCGAUGACGAUGAGCUUGGGAGCAUCAUCGUUCAACCAGAGUUUGGGAAGGAGAUUCUGCAGCACCUCAUUGCAGCCCACAGACCGAUGCUCGACGAGUUGCCGUUGAAAGAAGACGCAAACGUGAAAUGUUCCGAGGCCAUCGACAAAGCCUUGGCAUCGAAAGUUGCCAGGGAUUCAGUGAAGGCGCUUUUUCAAGUGAUGGAAACUCUGAAGGAGCAAACAAAGUUCCCUGUCCUUGUUGCAGUGGACGAGAUCAAUGCUCUUCAAGGGAUCAGUUUUUACUAUGACCAUAACAUGAAGCAGAUCCCGGCCAAGAAUGUUGUGAUCGCAGAGUUCUUUGGGAGGUUUUUGGAUGCAGGGUACAAGAGAGGGUUGGUGCUUGGUGCUGCCACUCGAACAGGUAUCUUUCAGCACGUUCGCCUGCCGCCUUUCCACAAGAAGCCGAUUCAGGUUCCUGGCAUGACACGAGAUGAGAUCAGAAACAUGCUUACCUUCCAGCAGAAUCAGAAGGAAUUCUUCACUAAGAUAACGGACGAACUUCUUGACUACCUUGUUUUCGUCAGGGAAGGAAGGCCUUACGAAGUAGAGAAAAUGGCUGCUUCCGAGUUAUUUAAUGUCGGGUUGAAGAACCUGCCUAAGAAGAAGCGAGUUGGUAAGUUCUUUGGAGAGUCGCCGGUCACACAGAUCAUCGGAGCAGACGUUGAUUGAAAGCCCAUCGGCUGUCGGGCUGAGCCCACCCUGUUCUCGGGCAUAGUUUACCAGUGAAGUAAAACAGUAUCCUCG